UCAGGCAAUUUCCGGUAUUACCAAGGCGAUAGGCAAAAUGGCUGACAAACCUCAACAUCGACCUCCCCAUGGGAUGGAACCAUAUGAUUUAUCCGGGCAAGAUGACCUGGGAGCUCUCUCUCAGGAGCAACAGGAGAGAUUGAACAAAUUCAAGACAAAAACAAGACUUGAAAAUGAAAGAUACCUACGUGACCACCCAGAAGUUGAGUGCCUGAUUGCAGGCUUUCUGAGUGAUGUUUUAAGAAACCGACCAGAAAAUAUUAAAGACUUCGCUGCAGAUUUUUUCACAGAUGAAAAACUUCCUGAUACCUUGGAAAGCCAACUAGAAGAGAGACAACACAAGUUCAAACAAAACCGAGUUUUGCAGAAACUUUGAAAUGUCUCAGUUUGGUUAUAAUAUACAACAUAAUUGUUUUCUAAGAUGGCCAAGUAAUUUUUACAACUUUUAAUUGGACAGUUACUUGAAAAAUUACACCUUUGGAAAGUAAUCAGACUCUGAUUCGAAAAUAAUUACGUUUAAAAUUUUAAUGUUGCUUAUGUGAUAAUAAUUUUGUUUCAUUGUCUUCAUAUUUUAGUGGUAUGUUUUAUGUUGCUUAUGUGAUAAAAGUCUGUUAAAUUGAUAUGUUGCUGUGGUAAGAAAGAAUCCGCCAUGCUUUGUAUAAUUGAUAUUAAAAUUAAAUGAUGUUUUUAUUUAUAAUGUAAAGGCAAAUUGUUUGAUCACUGAGAGAGUUCAUGUAGUACCUUGAUUCUAAACUGUUCAAAUCAACAAAAUGUGAGAGUGCUGAUUGUUUUAUAUCUCUGAUAAUGUUAAUAGUUAACACACCAAGUCGUAAACUUGAUAAAAUAUUCAAAAAGUUUGGAAAUUUCAUGAAAUGAGAACAUCCACCUUAUAAAAAAUAGGGAGUGCUCUUGACACAACAAACGUUUCAUAAUGUAUCGGUGAGUAAUUUUGUUGUCAUAGUCUAUGUUAUUUACGCUUUUCGUGUGUGUAUAUGAGCUGAGAGAUGGAGUGAGAGUUAUGUUGUUAGUAUGUCAGUACCAUGAUCUAUCAUUCUGUAGUUACUCUACAUUGUGUAACAAUAUAAGUUUUCAUUUGUUUCAUUAUUAUAAUCGGUACAAAGACCUCAUUUAUGCUAUCACUUUCAUGACUGCUUACUGUUCAAACUGUUAGUAUAUUAGAUAGCAUAAGGGUCCAUAUACUAGACAGUAUGUACAGAUAUUUCCUUCUAACAUUAACUGUUGUCUUAAAUCAUACGUUGCCUAAUAUUUCCCCCCAAACCUUCAUGAUAUGAAGGGUUGUCAGAAAUUAAUAGAAUAAAUAUUGUUUAUCUUCA